CACACCCAUACUCUCACACCUCCCUUCCCACAUUCCCGCCUUCUCUCUCUGAUCAAUGAACGAGAGAGAGAGAAAAAGAGGGAGGGCUCUGGUCGCGCGUGUCUGUGUGUAUUUUUUUCUGUCCGCCUCUCUGCUCAACUAGUUGACAGUGUGCUAUCUCCGCGCGCACGUACACUUCUCUGGAGUCAGUGCGCGAGAGACAGCGGCAGUAACAGCAACAUCCUCUCUGAGUGUUGGCGAGACGAUAUUAUCAUGUCUGCCUCACUGCCGAACUGAAAUAUCGUCUUGUGGGACUUCUUUCCUUUCGUUUGUUACUGCAGCAUCUCUUUUUUCCCCCCACAUGCAUUCCGCCGUGUGCUGGUGUCUGGAAUGAACCGUUUUCUCUCCAGCGCUGUUUCCAUGCCAGCAUGGGAACUGCCGUGUCCAAAAGGAAGAAUCUGAAAAACGAUGCAAUUUCGUCCGUGGCGGCAAAAGUUAGAGCAGCCAAAGCCUUUGGAGACUACCUGUCCCACACACAUCCUGAGAACUGCAACGGAUCAGAUCACUUGCUCUCUGACACCCUCAUCGGCCCAGACACAGACUCUCCAGACCGGGUUAGCAUUCAGAACAACAACCUCCCCACCUACCCUCUGCGGGGCCCCUCCGGCACACCUGAGCCCAGCCUGAUCAGCACCCCCCUGGGCAUCCUCCAGCCACCUCCCCCGCCAGCCUCCGGCAAGUCCCAGCUGUCCCUGGAGCGCAGCUUCUCGGCAGAGGAGGACCAGCAGAAGUGCGUGCAGUGCGCCCUGCAGCCCGCUCGCGUCUACACCAUCACCGGAGAGAGCGGCAUGCUGGGCAGCGGCCGCGGGAGCAAGGAGAGCCUGGAGCUGGAGGUCCUCAAGGGGGCCCGGGAGGCGACGGGGCCACAGACCGGGGGCCACCACUCCCACAGCCUGGCCCAGCCCUCCACGUCCCCCUCCAGUUCCUCCACCUCCUCAUCCCCCACCCAGUACCACCAUCGCCACGGGGGCGCCCACCACCACGGCAACUCUCACCACGGCAACCAAUCCGCCUCUUCCUCCUCCUCCACGCACGCCAGUGGAACGGGCAACAACGGAGGGGGCGAGGGCACGAGCUCCGGCCACCACCGCCGGCACCACCACCACCAGCUGGCCCAGCCGCCGCUGUCGAGCUCGGUCAGCGCCCACAACAUCCGCGGCUGGGGCGAGGGCAAGGAGAGCUGCAAGGGGAGCUGCGGCGUCCUGGCCUGCGAGUCGUGUGGCGGGGUGCCCUCACGCAGCCAGGGCUCCCUGGACCUGGAGAGCAGUGGCCGCGAGGCAGGCAAGCAGCACCGCCGCCUAGAGCGGAUGCAUAGUGUGGACCGGAUGACUGGGCUGGAGAGAGAAGACAACAACUGGCUCCCAAAAGAGAGCAUGUUCAGUUUUGGGACGGCCACAACGACCAUGCAAGCGAUAACAAACUUCCGGAAGCAUUUGAGAAUGGUGGGCAGCAGAAGAAUGAAAGCACAGACGUUUGCGGAACGCAGAGCGAAGAGCUUCAACCGCUCCUGGAGCGACCCCACUCCUGUCAAGACUGACACUUCAAACGAGUCAAGAGAUAGUGGGGAACUGCAGGCGUCGUGUGGCCCGCCGGAUGAGGCUGCGUGUGAGGACAUGGACUGGGAAGAGGAGAGGGAGAUGGAACGGCUCGCCUGUGAAGGAGAUGACUUCAUCCCUCCCAAAGUCAUGCUCAUCUCUUCUAAAGUGCCCAAGGCCGAGUAUGUCCCCAACAUCAUUCGCAGAAAUGAUGCAUCAAUCAUUCCUAUCCUCUAUGAUCAUGAGCAUGCUACUUUUGAUGAUAUUCUGGAGGAGAUAGAUAAGAGGCUGACGGCCUACAGGAGAGGCAGUAAAAUUUGGCAGAUGCUCAUCUUUUGUCAGGGAGGUCCAGGACAUCUGUAUUUGCUGAAGAAUAAAGUGGCCACAUUUGCCAAGGUGGAGAAAGAGGAAGACAUGAGCCAGUUCUGGAAGAGACUGAGUCGCUUCAUGAGCAAGCUCAACCCUGAGCCCAACCUGAUCCACAUCAUGGGCUGUUAUGUGUCUGGCAACCCCAAUGGAGAAAAGCUGUUCCAGAAACUGAAGAACCUGAUGAGGCCCUGUUCUGUAACCUUUGAAUCUCCUCUGGAGCUCUCCUCACAGGGCAAAGCGAUGAUCGAGAUGUACUUUGACUUCCGUCUAUUCCGCUUGUGGAAGACGCGCCAGCACUCCAAACUCCUGGAGUUUGAGGAACUCAUGUGACGUGGCGUUCCGGCGGGUACGUCUUACCAUGAGACAGGAAGUCCUGCGGUCCAGCUCAUCUCACCGGCUUCCAUUGAGGACUGGCUGAUCAGAGACAAUGGGGGACCAGGACCGAGGGGCCCGGACACAGCAGCCUCUGUUGUGGUCACAGCCUGUGUCUGAAUGUGGGUGUGUGUGUGUGUGUGUGUGUGUGUGUGUGUGUGACUCUCCCCCAUGAUGUAUUUACCCUCUCCACUCAACACGCUCUCCCUCCCUCCAUCAGACACCCUCCAUCAGACACUCACCAAUGAACUCUAAUGCAAGGUGUCUAACUUAUUGCUUCACCUGGAGGAAACUGCAAUGACAAAAACCUGGGGGAGUAAGAGUGAGGAGGGGGGUGGAAGAGAGAGAGAGAGAGAGAAAGAGAGAGAGAUGACAAACAAAAACAAACAAGGCAGAUCAUAUAUUAGUUGCUCAUACCCUGUGCAUUGGGGACUCAAGGGACCUCCCUGCUUUGUGUGGGAAGACAACUAACGAAAACAAGACUGUUGUAUUUCUGUCAUGUAUCUGUGACACAAUACCAGCCAUCAAAGACACUCUGCGCUCAUAUCAAGACUGACAGAGAAUAACACACCCAACAUACUCCACCCUUGAAUAAACAAACUCAUAAUUAUAACUAUACACGCUUCAUGAAUAUACAGUAUAGCUAUAGUCAUAUAAAUACUCUGUGUGUCAGAAAAAAUAUGAUAAUUUAUUUUUGAUGUGUAUUGUUGUGGUCUUUCUAAUGAACUACUUUGAAUAUCUCAGGUUUUAGCCAUUAAAAGGAUCAAGUGUU